UCGUAAAAGUUUUAACCUUGUAUAUUGAAGAAUUUAUUGGGAUUCACCCUUUUAUAUUUGACUUUAAUGGAGACAAACAAGAAAAAAUAACAAAAUCUGAGGGAAUUAAAAUGAUCUGAAAAUAACAGGAACCCACUUAAGCUUUUACUAUAUUUUAUUUCCACCUCUAACGUUUUGUAAUGUGACAAUCUAAACCAGUAUUAAAGAAUAAAUUGGGCUUCACCCUUUUUUAUUGGAUUGUAAUGGGCCUACGAUCCAAUAUGUACAAACAUUUAUAAAUAAUAAUUGUUCAGUCGUUUUAUCAAGGAGUAACCGAAAGGAGCCCCAGAUUAAAACAAACAAGCUUAAUUUUAAAUUCAGUUUUCGAGUUCAUGAAUAGAAACGCUAAAGGUUCAUGAUAAUUUAAUCAAAACCUUAAUUAUUAACUAACCUCUUAACUACAAUAAAUUAGCAAGGAUAUCCCCCUCUUGAUCCUUCCCGCGCCACCUUUCUCUCCACAAAAGUAUAACUAAUUAAGUUAAUUCAGUUUUAAACAGUUCAUUACACACUCGUUUAAAAUUACACACUUAUUUAAGACGAGAGAUCAUUGUGAAAUCAUAAAUAUUAUAAUAUUCGCUAUAUUUUAAAAAUUAUACAUAAAGAAUCGAAGAUGGCUUCAAGUUGCUGUGGAGAUUACGUUGCUGCUUCGCCGGAGAUGGCGGUGACGGGAAGCGAAUCAAUCUUAUUGAGGCUUCUAUGCGUCGUCUUCAUCGUCCUUUUCUACGGUUCGAUUUUUCUUCUGUGCUUCGUGAUGUACCCCAAGGAUCAAAAAUCAGAAAUCGGCGAUGAGGAAGCCGGCGAGCCGUUGCCGGCGGCGGUGAGGCUCACGAAGAAAGGAGAGAAAUGCGGCGGUGACGGCGACGGGAUCAGAGCGGAUGUUUGCGUGAUCUGUUUGGAGGAUUUCGAAGCGAACGACGCCGUUAGGAUUCUGGUGGGAUGCAAGCACGUGUUUCACGUGGAGUGUAUAGACUCGUGGUGUUUCUACAAGUUGACGUGUCCGGUUUGUAGAAAACCAUUCCAGUGGUUUGGUGAUUGGUAAGGGUAAAGAGAUAAGUUUAGGGUUUAAAUGUUCGGUACCAUCCGGUUUAAUCCCAUUUUGGAAAUUCGUACGUUUGUGGGAUUAAGAAAUCCAAGGGGAUCCUCUUUUUUUUUUGGAUCCGAUCCUUUGUGAUGUAUGUGUACAAAAAGUUGAUUAUAUUAGUGAAUAAUACGGAUUAUGCUUUGAUUUUGA